AUGCUACGAGCAGGACUUUUCGGUGUGGCUUGCAAACCGAGAAUCGCUGUGGAAAGCAUCAACAUACUGUUGAACUUUAUUUACAUAAAUGAAAUGGAGUAACCAAUUUAAUGGAUUUCAAACAAGCAUUAGAUAGCAAAAUCGCAGAUUAUAACUUACUCAAGCACCCAUUUUACCAAGCAUGGAGUGCCGGUGAAUUACCAGUUGAAGCCCUACGCUCCUAUGCACGUGAGUAUGGUGCUUUUAUCUCUACACUGCCGGAGGGGUGGGAGACACUCGACGAUGCCGAAACCGCAGAGGAAGAGACCGAGCACAUCGACUUGUGGGCUGACUUCGCUGCCGGGCUUGACACCGCUGUUGCUGAAGCACAAAUUCCACAGGUAAAGGGCAAAUUUGGAAUCUUGAAGAAAUCAGGCUGCGCGCAUUUGAGAGAACACUUGAAUAUG